CAUUUCUCCUGUGCAUUUUGGGGAAGAGUGUGUGUGACUGUCUUUGUGACCUACCGUAGAGAGAGAGAGAGAGAGACUACCUGAGGAUGAAGCUGGUGUUUGUUGCUCUCUUUGCUCUCAGUUCUGUGAAUAGAGUGGAUUCUUCAGCCUACGACAAGAUCGUGACACACAGCCGCAUCCGGGCCAGAAUCCAGGGACCCAAUGUGUGUGCCCUACAGCAGGUGAUGGGCACUAAGAAGAAGUACUUCAGUACGUGUAGGAACUGGUACAAGGGCUCCAUCUGUGGGAAGAAGGCGGUGGUUCUGUAUGAGUGUUGUCCUGGCUACAUGAAGCUGGAAGGCAUGAAAGGAUGCCCUGCAGUGGCUCCUAUAGACCAUGUGUAUGGCACAUUGGGCCUGGUGAAGGCUAGUACCACACAGGAGUAUUCUGACCUUUCUAAGCUGAGGGAGGAGAUCGAAGGGAAGGGAUCAUUCACUAUGUUCACCCCUAGCAACGAAGCCUGGGACCUGCUGGAACCUGAGGUGCGUAGUGCCUUGGUGAGCAAUGUGAACGUCGAGCUGUACAAUGCCCUGCACUAUCACAUGGUCAACCGGCGCAUGCUAACGAAAGAUCUGAAGAACGACAAGUAUAUCACCUCCAUGUACAACAACAUGGGACUCUACAUCAAUCACUACUCCAAUGGGAUCGUCACAGUGAACUGUGCCAGGAUUAUCCAUGGUAACCAGGUGGCGACCAAUGGGGUGGUCCAUGUCAUCGACCGUGUCAUCACCGCAGUGGGCAACACUAUCAAGGAUAUCCUGGAGGUCAACGAAGACCUCUCCUCCUUCAGCGCUGUAGCCUUGGCCUCAGGUGUGAUGGAUAAAAUGGGCCAGCCAGGUCACUUCACCCUGUUUGCUCCCACCAAUGAGGCCAUGGAGAACCUCGGGGCCAGCUUCCUGGAACGCAUCAUGGGAGACAAGGAAGUCAUCGGAGCCCUGGUGAACUACCACCUGUUAAACAGUGUGCAGUGCUCUGAGGCCAUCAUGGCUGGGUCUGUGUACGAGACAGUGGAGGGCAGCACCAUUGAGAUCGGCUGUGACGGAGACAGCCUGACAGUCAACGGGAUCAAGAUGGUCCUGAAAAAAGACAUUGUCACCUCCAACGGAGUCAUCCACCUCAUCGACAAGGUCCUCAUACCUGACUCAGCCAAGGAGGUGAUGGAGCUGGUUGGUGAAUCCCAGAGCACCUUCAGUGACAUGGUGUCAGAGCUCGGCCUAUCAGCUGCCAUGAAGCCAGAGACAGAGUACACGCUAUUGGCCCCCCUCAACCCUGCAUUCUCUGAUGAGGUCAUGUCUAUAGACCAGAGUAUGCUCAAGGUGAUCCUCGAGAACCACAUCCUGAAGUUAAAACAUACGCUGAGUGAACUCUACAAUGGGCAACUGCUAGAAACCAUCUCCGGAAAGCUAUUGCGUGUCUUCAUCUACCGCACAGCUGUGUGUAUAGAGAAUGCCUGCAUGGUGCGGGGCAGUAAAGAGGGCAGCAACGGAGCUCUUCAUCUGAUGAGUUCUCUCAUCAAACCAGCUCAGACCACCAUCUACCAACUUCUCAUGUCUGAUGGACGCUUUAAUAUCUUCCUGUCUCUGAUGGAGAGUGCAGGUCUGACAGAGCUGUUGAAACAGGAGGGAUCGUACACCGUGUUCGCCCCAACAGACGAAGCCUUCGACGGUCUCACAGAACAGGACAUCACCAUGCUCACCAGCGACGUGAACAUCCUGAGGACCAUUCUGCUGUACCACUUCAGUAACGGCGUCUUCAUCAACGGGGGACUGGAGGGAGGGGUCACCAACCUGCUCAAGACCAUCCAGGGACACAACCUGCAAGUGCUGUCUGUGAACAGCUCCAUCAACGUCAACUCGGUGGAUGUGCCAGAUAUUGACCUGAUGGCCACCAACGGAGUGAUCCACGUUGUGAAGAGCAUUCUUUACCCCGGGGACCUGCCUGUGGGUCGCGAGGACCUGCUGGUGUUGCUGAAAAGGCUCAUCAAGUACAUCCAGAUCAAGUAUGUCUCUGGAUUCUCCUAUACCGAAAUCCCCCUCACCUUCAUCAAGAGGACAGUCACCACGACAACAACCCACAUCAGAGUAGAAUCAGUGCCUGAAAUCACAACAAUGACCAGAGUGAUUAAAGGAGAGCCAACUGUCACCAAGGUAACAAGGGUCAUAGACGGCGAACCCACUAUCACCAAGGUUACCAGGGUCAUCGAGGGCGAACCCAUUAUCACCAAGGUGACAAGGGUCAUCGAGGGCGAACCCAUUAUCACCAAGGUUACUAGAGUCGUUGAAGGCGAGCCAACCUUCACCAAGGUGACAAGGGUCAUCGAAACGGAACCCAGUUUAACCAAGGUGGUCAUCGAGGGUGAGCCCACAUUCACUACAGUGACCAGGGUGAUCGAGGGAGAACCAAGCAUCACAAAGGUCACCAGAGUUAUUGAGACUCACAGUGGUUCCUCAGAUGGAGGGCUGGAGACUGACGGAGACAUUAAGAGGAUACUGGAAGAAGAGGUGUCUAAGGUAAAGAAGUUUCUGGAGAGUGAGGUUCAUAUUCUCCAGGAGGAAGAGAUCAAGAAACUCAUAGAGGGAGGUGCAACCGGAUACACAACGGUCACCAAGUUCAUCGAGCCUCAGGUCAUUGAGGGCCCAGAUUUCGCUAAGAUCACCACCAUCCACGGCAACCCGGAAAUGAUUGCCCAAGAGUCAGAGAGGAUCACCAAACUAAUCCAAGAUGGAGGCAGUAAGGGUGCCCCAGAUGGAGGCAGUAAGGGUGCCCCGGCCAAAAGAUCUCCAGCUGGUGUUAGGAGGAGGAAGGCAAGGCUGGUGAGACGCCACAACAACCAAAACCCACGUCCGGCCCUGACCCGUCCAAACCAGCUAAGACCAGUCCAGACCAGUCCAAACCAGCUAAGACCAGUCCAGACCAGUCCAAGCAAGUAAGGACCAAUCCAGACCAGUCCAAACCAGUAAGGACCAGUCCAGACCAGUCCAAACCAGUAAGGACCAGUCCAGACCAGUCCAAACCAGUAAGGACCAGUCCAGACCAGUCCAAACCACACCAGCCCUGCAGGAAUCCAUUUCCAGAUCAUUAUAGAGGCACAGCAAGGAACACAACAACACAACAACACAACAACACUUUCUAUGUUCCCUUGAUGGGAAAAGAGAAAGUAUGAAAUUAUGUCUGUUUGAAAAGAUGAUACGUUUUUUCAACCAAUUUUGUUCACUGGGCAGAGGUGAAUAAUGAACUUAACCUACAGUAGAGUGAAACAACUGGACCAAUGGUGUCGGACAUGAUGUGUUUUAACAACGCUAAGACAAUCGGUUUUCUUACAUGAUGUAUUUUAACAACGCUAAGACAAUCGGUUUUCCUACAUGAUGUAUUUUAACAACGCUAAGACAAUCGGUUUUCUUACAUGAUGUAUUUUAACAACGCUAAGACAAUCGGUUUUCCUACAUAAUGUAUUUUAACAACGCUAAGACAAUCGGUUUUCCUACAUAAUGUAUUUUAACAACGCUAAGACAAUCGGUUUUCCUACAUAAUGUAUUUUAACAACGCUAAGACAAUCGGUUUUCCUACAUAAUGUAUUUUAACAACGCUAAGACAAUCGGUUUUCCUACAUGAUGUAUUUUAACAACGCUAAGACAAUCGGUUUUCCUACAUGAUGUAUUUUAACAACGCUAAGAUAAUCAGUUUUCUUACUUGUAAGUAAUAUAUGUAUACAAGGACAUGUACUUUUAAUAACUUCUAUGAACUUUUACUGUGGUGCAGAUGAGGUAGAAGGUUUGAAAUAAUAUUUCUACAACGGAAAGAUGAUGUUUGUUGUUUUUUUUUGUUCAGUUUAGUUUAAAUGAUGGCUUGAUCUGGAAGACAUUUUGUAUGUUUUAUAAUGGUGCUGGCAUUCUGUAUUACGGAUUAAUCUUGACCAAUAGGAAUGAAGCAUUGUGUAUUAUGGAAGCAUCUCAACCAAUAGGAACUAAGCAUACUAUUACAAAUGCAUCUCAACCAAUAGGAACUAAGCAAUACUAAUGCUGUACGUUAUCUAAACUUAACAACCAACCAAACAGAAUCCUGUUUCGAUAGUUUAAUUCCGUAUCUGAAUGAACUAUUUUCUGAUUUCCUGUUUUGAUUGGUUUGUGUUGAUCUUUUAGCUUCCUGCUGUUAGAACUGUUGAUGUUCAGUUGUACCAUUAUACUUUUGCAAUCUAUCUUCUUACCUCUGUGUUGUUUUGGAAAUGAAUGUUCAAUAAAAGUUACGGUUGAAUGUGAA